UUGCGCGCCCCUCCUCCCCGGCGGACAGCAGGAGCAUCGGGCGCUCGUGUCUCGGCUUCGACGCUCACUAGUUGUCUCGGGCACCCGCGACAGGCCGAGGGGCCACCUAUCAGCCCCACUUCCACCUUCUGGGAGGCUCAAGGCUUCGGGGACCACUCCCAGAGUGCGCCGUCCGUGUCCUCUGCGUGGGGUUCAGAGCCGCGGCCGCUAGGAGCAGGAGCAAGAUGGGAGGCGGGGAGAGAGACACACUGAAACACCGGCCAGGGCGUAUGUCCGUCUGUCUGCGCCAGAGCAGGCUCUGGGCGCUGCCGCCGCCCUCCCUCCCUCCCUCUUCCCCUGUGCCUCUGCUGUUAGCUCAGCCUAGCUGCUGUUAUAGGGAACUCUGCCCUAGUACUACCGAGCCCGGCCCCAACCCUGCUGGGGCCAGGAAGGGCCACGGGGGUUAAGGGGGCGGGGAGUCGGGAAUGCCACGCUCGUGGGUCCAGGCUUCUGGAAGUCGAAAGAUGCAUUACUUUGUCUAGAGUCAUGCAGUUCUGCCAUUUAGUUAUCAUAGAAUGCAGUGAUUCUAAUUCCUUAAUUUUCAUGGUUCUGGAAUUUAGGUUCAGAGACUCCAGAUCUGAUGCCUACGUUCUUCAGCGAGUUCCUGCUUCCAAACAUUCAAGGACUCUGUGUCUGGGGGAUGGAGUGACAUCAGACUUUGGGAGGCCCCUCUGAGCACAGAUGAGAGUCCCAGGGGGCUGCCAGGAGCUAGCUCUGAGGGGUCUCUCCUGUUCCUCAGGGCCUUGAAUGCGAAUUCUGGCUCAGCACCACCCCUCACGCUUUUUUUUUACCUUUCCCUUCUCUUAUACUUCCCGUUGCUCAGCUUCUAGAAAGACUGCAUUCUGUCCCUACCACCUUUUCUCUCACCCUCGUUACCACAGGCUGAAGACUGGCUCUUGCCCCAUUCCACUUGUCCAGUUCACUAUCAACCUCCUCGUUACUAAAUCCGGUGCACCCAGAUGCUGGCUUCUCUGACCCUCUGGAAGCAUUUGGCCCUGUGGCCCAUUCCUUCUCCAGUGAGUCCCAGCCAGAAACCCAUGACCGAAUCACACAGCCAUUCACCAAAACCUGGCAACCUCUUCGACCCGUGCCUAGACAAGGGGCUCUAAUGGGUCAUUCAUCUAAUCUCUCCCCUUCUCAUUCAUCCUGGUCACCCCAAAACCAAACCCAUUGCCAUGGAGUCGAUUCUGACUCAGCAACCCUAGCCCAUAGUAAUCUUCCUACUAAAUAAGCGGGCAUAUCGUGGCCCUGCUCUGGAGCCUUCACCAGCUCCCCAUUGUCCUCAGACUAGGGUUAGACUCUGGACAGGCACACAGACCCUCUGGUCUCCAGCCAGGCUGAGCCCCUAGAACAAACUUAGGGGGGCAGAUGGGUCUCUGGGGAUGCUCAGGGCCUGGCGGAGGGGUACUACCCAAAGCCUGCAGAAAGGGGACUCACAAUCUGAUUUCCCAGCUUAGGAAACCCCAUCCAGGACUAUGAAUCUUUUCUAGAAGAGAUGGGAUUAGAGCCCUCCUUGAAGCAGGAGGGGGGACAGGGAGGGAGUGGAGUCCUCAGGCAGGGCCACAGAAGGUGGAGUGCCAGGAAUAGUUUGGGCCCUGGGCAUGGAGGGGUUAACUACAAAGCGAAUCUCAGAGAGCAGGAUCAAUGGGCUACUCCCAGCAGUAAGAGAGUGAGGCAGCAGCAACGCAGAGAGGAGCCAGGCAGAAGAGCAUGCCAUCCCUGGGAAAGCAGGGGCUGAGGAGGAGGUGGCCAGUGGCCACUCCCAAGGGAGUGUCCAAACCCAGCUCGGCAAAGGAGGGCAGAGGAGAGGAGGGGCCUUAAAGGAGAAGAGAGGAGUAGGAGCAGCCCCGUACCUGCAGGGAGGCACCAAGGGGCGGCAGCUGACCCAGGAGGACCCCCAGCCUGGCCACUUCCCCCAGGAUCAAGCAAGGGCCAAGUGCCCAGGGUCAAGGUGCCCAUCUGAUGGCGAGAUGUCCGAUGCCCAGAACAUUUCGCUGGACAACGCGGGGAAUGUGGGGGCUGUGGCAGUGCCUGUGGUCUUUGCCCUCAUCUUCCUGUUGGGCACAGUGGGCAAUGGGCUGGUGCUGGCUGUGCUGCUGCAGCCCAGCCCAGGAGCCUGGCAGGAGCCAGGCAGCACCACGGACCUGUUCAUCCUCAACCUGGCCGUGGCCGACCUGUGCUUCAUCCUGUGCUGCGUGCCCUUCCAGGCCACCAUCUACACGCUGGAUGCCUGGCUCUUUGGGGCCCUCGUCUGUAAAGCCGUGCACCUGCUCAUCUACCUCACCAUGUACGCCAGCAGCUUCACCUUGGCUGCGGUCUCAGUGGACAGGUACCUGGCUGUGCGGCACCCGCUGCGCUCGCGGGCCCUGCGCACGCCGCGCAAUGCCCGAGCCGCCGUGGGCCUCGUCUGGCUGCUGGCGGCGCUCUUCUCCGCGCCCUACCUCAGCUACUACGGCACGGUGCGCUACGGUGCGCUGGAGCUCUGCGUACCCGCCUGGGAGGACGCCCGCCGGCGCGCCCUCGACGUGGCCACCUUCGCCGCCGGCUACCUGCUGCCCGUGGCCGUGGUGAGCCUGGCCUACGGCCGCACGCUGCACUUCCUGUGGGCGGCCGUGGGGCCCGCGGGCGCCGUGGCGGCGGAGGCCCGGAGGCGUGCCACAGGUCGAGCGGGGCGCGCCAUGCUGGCGGUGGCCGCGCUCUACGCGCUCUGCUGGGGGCCGCACCACGCGCUCAUCCUCUGCUUCUGGUUCGGCCGCUUCGCCUUCAGCCCGGCCACCUACGCCUGCCGCCUCGCCUCACACUGCCUCGCCUACGCCAACUCCUGCCUCAACCCACUAGUCUACGCGCUCGCCUCGCGCCACUUCCGCGCGCGCUUCCGCCGUCUGUGGCCCUGUGGCAGCCGUCGCCGCCACCGUGCCCGCUGUCGCCCGCGCGCCCGUCGCGCCCUCCGCCGAGUCCAGCCGGCCUCCUUGGGUCCCGUCGGCUGCCCUGGCGACGCCCGGGCUCGCGAGAGGCUGCCCGCGGACGGCGGCUGGGGCGAGGGCCCUGGGAAGGAGUCUGCCCGCCGCGGACAAGUCCUUUCUAACCAUGGACAGGAAUAA